GCAAAAUUCGAUACAGCUGUCAAAUAACGGAAAACGUAAAGCAAAAACGAAAAAGGCAAAAAAAAGAUUUUUUUAUUGGUAAAACAAAUUUGAAAAUUUUAUUUUCCAACACAGAGAAAUUUUGAAAACACUAAAAAUACUAAUUUAAAACGGGAUUAUAACAUGUCCCAAACGCCAGAUGAAUUGGUGCAAAGUGUCUGUGAAGUAACUGGAACGAAUGAAGCAGAAGCCAAGCAUUUGUUGGCAGCAUGCAACAAUGAUGUUGAAGCUGCAGUAGCAUUAUUUUUUGAAGGAGGUGGUGUGGCCACAGCCACAGAAGAUGCUGAGGCUAAUUUGCCCCUAAUCGACGAUGAUGAUGGUGUGCGCGCACCUAUAGCACCCAUACGUGAACAAUUGAUUGGUCCAGAAGAUGAUAAUUUCUAUGCUGCCGCACCACCACCACCUACAGGACGUUUAGCACGCAGUGCCAGUAGACGCGUGAAGGUUUGUCCUUUGAGGGAUUUUGCCCGAGAGGGAGCUUUAAUGGAAGAACAACUGCAGGCUUCCGGCAGUUAUGUGGCUUUGAAUAAUUUAUAUGAAACAGCCUCGAACAGUCGUGCCAGCUCUAGACGAAAUCGUGCAGCUGAUAUGGUUACAGCAGCUCAAGCGGCUGAGCCCAAAAAGAGUCGUUUGGAAGAUCUAUAUCGUCCACCGACUGACAUAGCAUAUGCUGGCACCUUUCAGGCGGCACGUUCUCGCGCAGAAGCCCUAAAACAGUGGUUGCUGGUAAAUGUACAGAGCGAUAGUUUUGAUUCGCAGCUGUUGAAUCGUGAUGUUUGGCCAGAUAAGGCGUUGCGAAAGCUGAUGAAAAGACAAUUCCUAUUGUGGCAGGUUGAUUCUGAUUCUUCCGAAGGUCGCCGAUUUGUGGCUUUCUACCACUGUGCCAAGCUGCCGUAUUUAUGUGUCAUUGAUCCUCGCACCGGUGAGGAGAUAUGGAAAAGUUCAAAUCCAAAACAAUCUACCAUACUCAAUGAUUUAAAACAAUUUCUAAUCGAUCACAAGGACUUUAGCCAAGAGUUGGAAGAUGAUAUGGGACCCUCAACCUCUACUAAACGUACGGCAACGGCCAUUUGUCUGGACAGUGACGGUGAAGAAGCUGGUGGUAGCAAAUUCAAUAUCGAUGAGGAUGAAGGCAACUCAAAUGCCAGUAGUUCUUCCCAUACAAAUAAGGGUAAUCCCAAGAAACGUAACAAAAUUAUGGAACUAUCCGAAGAGGAACAAAUUGCUUUGGCCAUACGCAACUCAAUGCAAGAGAAUGGUGGUGCAGCUGCCAAACAACGCAAAUCGAAUGGUUCGGCCAGUAAUGCCGAGUUGGGCGAUGACGAUGCGGCCAGUGAUUUUGGCAGUGUUGAAGAAUUCGUUGAGGAUGACACCAAAAGUGCCUGUGAACGCACAUCUUAUGAAGAACAAUUGGGUUCGAAUAAAGACGAACUCACCAUGCUUAAACUAAGACUUAUCAAUGCCGCAGGCGCCGAUGAAGUUGUUCAAUUACGUUGGCCUUCCGAUACAAAAUUGGAAGUGUUGCGCUCUUAUAUCACACAAUGUCAUUCUCAUAUUCCAAAAUGUGGCUACAAAUUGAUUUGUGCUUUUCCACGUAAAACUCUGGAAACCGAAAAUAAUGACAGUACAUUAAAGGAAUUCGGUUUACAUCCCUCUGCCAAUUUACACAUCACUUUAGAUGACUAAAAACUCAACACUCAAUCUCUCUUUUCAAUCACUCACACAUUUAACGUUGUCGUUCGUUACUAUCAUUGUUUUCUAUAACUUUUUUUAUUAUUAUUAUUUUUUUUUUUCUUUUGUCUCAUAGACGAUAGAGUCGUCCUUAAGACUUCUUGUUUAUUUUCCUAUUCAUUAUAUAUUUUUCACUAUUUUUUUUGUCUAAUUUUAAUUAUUUUCUAUGAAUAUAUGUCUUUUUUAGCUUUUUUCCUAUUUCUUUGUGUAUGUUUAUGAUUGUUUGCCUUCCAUUUUAAAGAUGGUUGGAAGCAUUAUUUAUUGUAGAUGUUCACUUUGAUAUACAUACAACAAACAACAAUAUUAUUAUUAUAAUUAUUAAAGAAAAAAUGAGAAAAAUAAACAUUUAAUUAAGUCCA